UUUGUAUUGCCAAUUGCGUGUUGAUGCUUUAGCUCAAGAGACAGGAGAAGAGGCCGUGGAGGACGUAGCAGCGGUGGAGGACGAAGAGCGCAGAGACGAUGAAAUCAGAAGACGAAGGCUUUGAGGUCGGGCCUGCCGAGAUCGCGCAGAUAAGACGAACCAUAGGCUCGCUGGAGAGGGAACACAACGAGGACUUAGCAGUGCACCUGUACUCUGCUCAUCUUUUACGGAAGAAAGACCGGAUGUUCCCACGUAAUCAGUGGACAGCGUGGCCGGUGUCCUCGCACGAGGUCCCGGAUCCCAAGGUGCUGGAUGAGUACGUGGAUGAGCCUGAAACAGAGAGGGUGUUGAAGUAUCGCGAGAUGGUGUUUGCCAGUGAUGGUUGUGGUGAGGAAGACCAAGAGCGAGGCGAGGACGACGAGGAACCACAACCUGUGGAUGAGGUGGAGAGGGCCACCAAGUACCUGGAGCUGGAGUUAGACCGAGCUUUCAAGAGAGUGGUUUACGAUCGGAUAAGCAGGAGCGAGCAUGAACGGUACGGGGGAGAGCCCAACAUCGAACACCUCUCAAUUCCGCAGUUCCUGAGCGAUUCGAUACGGCAAAAGAUCGACGAUACGUUGGAGCGAUUUACAGAUCAUAAGACGAGGAACGCAUUCAACAUGAGGGCAUUCACAUGGAGAGACAUAGUGUCGGAGGCAAACGCAGACGUGGAGUUACAACAGAGAGUUGGGAAGUUUUUCACAGAAGAUAGUGACAAGUUUCUCGAGGAGUUUUACGAUAAACACUCUUCCAGUGAAGAUGAACACGACGAGGACGGGGACGACAAUGACGAAGAGGAUAUAAUACAUGUGGAUGACGACUCUGAGGAUGACAACUCUGAGGAUGACAACUCUGAGGAUGACAACAAUGAUCAAGACACGGGGAAUAACCGUGUUAGAAAGCCGAAGGGCAACAAGCUAGAUGCAGUGGUUGAUGCAAGACGUGAAACAAUGAGGCUAAUCUUUCAAGAUGAAAUUAAAGAUUCAACUGACAGGCACAGAAAGCGUUUAUAAGUUUAUAAUGCAACAUAUUUGAACAACGUCUCUCCAAUAAAACUCCCAUCAAUGGACCA